AGAGCUGAAGAGAAAAAUUAUCUACCGAGAAAGGAAAAAAACAUUCAGUCACAGACCCCCCCACCCAACACACACUCCCAGAAGCAACAGUCAUACUCGCUCUUCGCUCAAGAACCGAGGCCAAAGACAGUAGACGGCCCCAAAAAAAACGAAGGUCGCAUCGAUGAGAGAGAAAAACUGGGGACUGGGACAAGAGACCCAAUAACAUCGAACACAACACCUGUGAACUACCUUUUGCUUUUCAAUGCUCUCUCUCUCUCUCUCUCCCUCUUGAAAAAAAGGAAAGUGCCCUGAUUCUCUCUCUCUUUCUUGUUUGUCUUUCCUUUAGAAAUCGUGCCCUCUCUCUCUCUGGUUCUUCCUUCCUCUCCCGUGAUAUGGAGGUGUGAAUGGCCGUAUCGGUGAAAAUGGCACAUACCAACAAACCCCACAUUGCCGGCAACGGCAACGGCAACGGCAGCGGCAGUGGCAUCACCAACAGCGAAGCCCCACUGCAGCAGCAGCAGCAGGAGGUGAAGCCCAUGUUCCAUGACUUCCUCGGCAUGAAGAUACCCGAUUCUCAGGCCGCCGCCGCCGCCGCCGCCGGACGCGGUGGAGAGGCCCGCCUUUCGGAGGCGGCGUCGCCGGCCGCCUCCUUGUCAGCCGGGGCCUCCUCCGGUGGCGGGCGAGGGCCUAUCUCCACCACCUCCGAUCUGGGGUCCGAAAGACAGGUUAGUAAUCAUUUUGAGGGUGUUCCCUACUAUGUUCCGAGGAGUGACGGCGAAAUAAGUCGCAGAUUAGCAGGGAGUAAACGAAGCACGUCGGACUCUGCCUUCAUCGGUUCAACCAGAGAAGCAAUGACUCAGCUAGGACCCGAUUCGAAUGAGAACUUACAUUUAAUGAAGAUUCUUCGAAAUGGGGCAGGAGGAGAGAGGCCUAGAAGGUCGAAUGAAGAGGAGGUUUUUCUGGGUGUGCAGCCGCUAAGGCAAUCUUCUGGCUCGCUCAUAUUGCACCCGGGUUCUAGCAGUAGAAAUGAGGCGACUGUUUCCAAAUGGGAGCGGCCCAUGCCCAUGAAUUUGGGCCCUGCUGUUCAGUUUCCUCCAAGAGGAGGUCAAUACGUUCCUUUUGUUCACAAUGUGCCUCCAAACAGAUUCAGGGAAGUCCACCCAAGCCCUCCAGUUCUCUCGCAAUCGGCUGCUGAUGAAGGGUCUAGAACUGGGAUCAAAGGCCCUGGAAUUUUGAGCUCAAUGAAUGCCAGUACCAGCACCGAGAAGAACUUGUCUGCGAUGCUUCCCAGUGGCAUCAGGGCAAAGACUGCAACACUAAGUACAGAGCCAGAGUCUUUCAAUCCCCCGAGUCAACCUGGAUUGACAUCAGAAAAUCGGCAAAUGACUAUAUUCUAUUGUGGCCAAGCUCAUGUUUUUGAUGAUGUCCACCCAAACAAGGCAGAUGUCAUAAUGGCUUUGGCCGGAUCAAAUGGAGGAUCAUGGUCAACAACGUACUCGCCAAAAUCCGGCACAAGGCCAACUAAUGAAAGCAAUGUUCUCACUGGAGAAAAUAAAGCAAGCGUGGCAUUUUCGCGCGACCUUCACGGGAAGUUGCCUGCCACUGCCGACUCUAGUCACGGCAGUGGAUCAGGCAACCGGAUCUUAAACCCUUCAGGUGGCCCUAGAGGACACCUGAUAGUUAAGGACACGAGAAAACCGCUUCAAGUGGCAGAACGCAUCCCCGAAGAGAAAGUCGAUCCAUGAUGUAAAGUUUUGUCCGAUGAAUCAGAGUUUUAAGUAGAAAGUUCUGUUAACCGGAGUUUUAGUGACGAGCCUCCCUGUUGUUCUCCAAUCUUUUUUGUGGCUUCAUUGAUUUCCUAUUUGUCCUUCCCCAUUCUUCUGUUGGAUUGUCAAUGAGGAAUCUGGUGAUCUGUGGAAAGAAUCUGAAGGAAAUCUUUGCUUGUAGAAAAGAGACCCAGUUAAAAUCGUUGCACUGCAAUUUGCUUCAUUCUCACUCAAUGAACUAGAAAAAAGGGG